GCAACCAAACUGAUUAACAAAACUGCUAUUAUCACCAUCACCAGCCUAGGUCAUCCACCCAACGCCCCCGACACCCCAACGCCGCCACCGCCUCCGUGGUGGGGGGGACGCUGGAUCCACCACCGAAUCCGUCGUCGCAGCCCUCCGUGGGGGCGGCGGGACGCCGGAUCCACCUCCCCCAUGCUACGGUUGCCCACUGCUGGCCUUCCCCCGACCUCGCCGCCCGCUCCCGACCUCCGUCUAGACGCAGCCACCCUGAACCUCGCCGCGGCUCAAGCCUCCGCGCCGCCCGCCCAGGCCUCCACGCCGCUCCGCCGGAGGUGCCCCGAGUCCGGUGCGCCGCCUCCCCAUCGUGCGGCGCGACGCCGGCCCCCUUCCCCGACUGCCGGCCUCCUCGACAGCUUCGACGAGCACGACAGGCCCAUUCGCGGUUGCCACUUCCACGGCACCCAGCUGCUCUUCGUCCCCGGAAGUAAGCAGCACAAGAGAAGGGAGCCCAGGUCACCAAAUAUAUAUUGGCCAUUUUCAGCGAACCUAGAUCACGUGGUAACCAGUACAAGAGCAGCCUGUGCUGUCUUUUUAUAUCUCUGUUCUGCAUAGCAGCCUGUUGCUUGUUUACCUGAAUGAAUAUUCACCUACUCAUUGAAUGACGGGUAACCUGAAUGCAUCAGCUAAUAUUUAAAUCACUCUCUUCUUUGUCUUGCCUUAAUCUGGAUAAGUAUCUCUAGUGGAUUUUUCUUGUGUUCUUGAUAGAUCUACAAUAGCUACUUGGAUUGAUCUCCUUGAAGAUAAUUAGUGCUUGGUACUGAUAGUAACUAAGACAUGCUUGCUGAUAGUAACUAAGUAUCUUUUGGACUGAACAAUGUGUUGCUGGUAUGUGUUAAUUAUUUGGCAUGCUUCUUUACCAUCAGUGGCGGAGGACGCAAAAAAAUCAAGGUGUUGCCGAGAUAACAGCUUAAAAAAUACAUGCCGUAAUUUAAACGUUUUUCACAACAAGCAAAUAUAAAAUGAGACUGAAAUGAGAGCGAAAAAAUACCUUAUCAAGAGGUCAUCGUGAUGACGCGAUCAUGUUAUAUAAUAUCCAAAUAUCAAUUACAAUAUAGCAAUUAAAAAUCUGCAAAAAAGAUAAAAAUAAGUUAAUAAUGAUAUAUUUAAGUGAAGAAUGUUUAAAAAGAGGAAUAAAAUAUACCUCUAGUUGCGCUUAGGUCUAGGAGACCUAGGCAAUUGCAUUUGCCUAUUUUUCUUAUUUUGAAAUGCCUUUUUUAUUUGUUGAAGAUCAAGUCUUUUGAAUAUUUCUCUUUCAAUGUAGCACAACAUCAAGUCAUUUAGCCAACCAUCGGUCAUCUUAUUGCGCAAUUCUGUCUUAAUAAUCUUCAUAGCCGAGAAGGCUCUUUCAACUGUUGCGGUUGCCACUGGUAAUAACAAUGCCAACUCAAUAAGCCGAUACACCAAUGGAAACACAAUAUGUCUCUCUAGAUGAACCAUUGUCUUUGCUAGGCUCGCAAGGUCAUAACAAGCUUUGAACUCUUCAACUCUUCGCACAUGAAUAAUGAAAGUUUUUAGUUGAUCUUUUAUAGUCUUACAGUCAUCAAAAGAAAAGUCUUCAUAAUAGAUAUUCGCAAUCCGAGCAAGAUUAUCCACAUCAAACUUAGAGAAUGAAUUUCUUGGGUCAAGACAAGAAAAACCCACAAGCAACUCCGAGGAUAGCUCAUUAAAGCGAUGAUCCAACUCAGUGAUAAUAGAAUCUAUAGCAGUAUAGAAAGUAUCAACACGAUAAUAAUGCUCUUGAGUGAUAUUGUUUCUCUCACCUUUCCUUGACCGACCAUAUCGUGGUAAAGCAUCACUCAUAUUUGGUAUUGGGAUAUCAUUUGCAAGGCAAAAUACUUUAGUUUCUUCAAACAAUGGCUCCCAACCUUCACUUCUCAAAUUAAGCAAACGUGUUCUCACAUCAACAACCAAAGACAUAGCUUGAACAACAUUUUGAUCCUUCCUUUGCAAGAGAAGAGAGAGCUCAUUUGUGAUGCGGAGAAUUUGCAACAUCAUCUUCAUGUUAAAUACAAAGCUGAAACACUCCAUUUUUUCCACCAAGCCUCCUGCACCCGAUGGAUUGCGCUCAUCCUGAUGCACAAUUUCUAAAACUUCAAUUACUGAAUCCCACAUAGACUCAAUACGAAGUAAAGUCUUGUAAUGAGAUCCCCAUCUUGUAUCUCCUUGUCUUGCCAAUGAUGUUUCUUGUUGUUUACCUCUUCCUGAUGAAAUUUCUCCACUAUCCAACUUAGACAAGAGAGUUAAGCGAUGCUUAUGAAGCAGUAAAUCCUUUCUUUUGCAAGAAGCACUAGUGUUAUUCACAAUCAAUGUCACGUAGUUGAAGAAAUCCUCAAGAGAUGAGCAACAUUUUGAGACAGCAACAACUACCAAUUGCAACUGAUGAGCAAAGCAAUGUAUAUAGAAAGCAAAUGGGUUCUCAUCACGAAUCAAUUUCUGAAGACCAUUAAACUCUCCUCUCAUAUUAGAAGCACCAUCGUACCCCUGCCCUCGAAGCCUUGCAACAACUAAUCCAUGAUCACUUAACAUCUCAACCAAUGCUCUCUUCAAUGAUUCUGAUGUUGUGUCCUUGACAUGCUUGAUACCCAAAAAUCUUUCUAUUACUUCUCCUUUUUUGUUGACAAAUCUCACAACUAUAGCCAUUUGUUCCUUGACCGAUAUAUCACGGGAUUCAUCAACAAGAACAGAGAAUAGUCAGUCCCCCAUUUCUUCCUUUAUUGCCUUUGUAACUGCCUCUGCACAACAGUUUGCAAGUUCUUUUUGAAUUGUUCCAGAAGUCAUUUUGGCAUUUUUCGGACACAACUCAUCAAAAGCUUGUCUGACCUCCUCAUUCCUUUGUUUGUACCAAUCAAGAAAUUCUAAAAAAUUUCCCUUAUUCAAAGAAGUAGCAGACUCGUCAUGUCCCCGAAAUGGCUCACCUUGCAAUGCUAGAUAACUUACAAUACUUAAGGAAGCUUCCAAUCGAGUCUCAUAUUUAACCAAUGCAUCUCUAGUAUAACUUGAAACCUUAUCUCCUAUACUUGACCUUUGGUUAGCAAAAUCAUGAAAUGCUGUUGUUGCAAUAUUGUGUAUGCUAUUAGGCCCACCAACAUGUUUGGAAAAUGCCAAGGAAGCAUUCCUCCACUGUGAGAAGCCAAGUUUUGUGAAUGCAUCAUAACAAAACUUAUCAUCCAUUCGAUCAUGUUUAAAAAGGUAGCAAUAGAAGCAAUAAGCCUUAUUCUUCUGCAAACUAUAUUCCAACCAACUAUGUUGCCUAAACCAAUGUUUUUGAAAGCUCCUUUUAUCAUUUGAUUUGGGAAAAUUAUGACCAAUUGGUUGAGUCGGACCUUUAACUAUGAAAGCCCUUCUAACUUCAUCUCUAAUAUUAGAAACAAAGCGAUCAAUUGGAAUACGAAGACCCGGAUCAGAAAUAAUGUGGUCCGGGUUGAACUCAAUUAUACCUUCCACUUCUUGACCAUUAACUUCUUCACUAUUGUUUUCUUGAACAUGUGCAUUUUCUUGAACAUGUGCAUCUUCUUCCGCUUCACCGUUGUCAUCUUGAACAUCCAGAUGAGCAAUGUUUUCUGCUUCCACUUCUACUUCAGGUUCAUGAUGAAGAUAAACUCCACUAGCAUGAGUGCUACUUUGUCCACGAGUAAAAUAUCUAUAGAUCCCUGAAAUUAAAUAUGGUCACUGGUCAGCCGAAAUGCCGAAUGUUCAAGAUAUACCUAUAAAUUAAUAGUAAUAGACAUUGCUAGAGGCCUAGAGUCUAGACACUGGACAAUGAGUAAAAAUAUACCGUUUUGGUUAAUUUUUUUCUUCCCCUUGCUAUUUCCAACCAUGGUUAGGAACUUAGGAUGGCGGCGGGGCGCCGGCACUCAGCAAGACGGCAAGUCGGCAAGGACGGCGGCCGGAGCGGCGCCAAUCUGCACAUACACGGAUAUUAGUACAUGAAAAGUAGAUUGGUUAGCAAAGACGUGGGAUUGGAGUACUAUCCACUAAUCACUGCAUAAAUUGAAAUGUAGGGAAUCAAAAUACGUCUUCACAAUUCACAAAGCACAUAGGGAAUCGAAGAAAGCAUUCACCAGAAGCCUCGGAGCGCAGAGGCGCAGAAGGCAGAAGGCCGGAGCUGCUGGAUGCCUGGAUUUGUGGGGAUUUGGAUUUCUUGCGGCUCUGAUCCUGAGUUUCCUGACUAGUUUGCUACUUUAGUACUUUGCUAGUUGCUUCCUGGUUCCUGCCAGAGCUUAGACGAGGGCACAUGCUCUUGCACUGCACGCCCUUGCUGAGACCUGAGAGAGUGAGAGACUGAGAGUUGAGCAAAUGAGCAAUCACGACCUGGCAGGCUGGCACCCAAGUAUGAAGUACCCAACCACAGAACCACUACAUUGAGCAAUCACGAGUUCACGACCUGGCACCCAAGUACCCAAUCACGACCUGGCGCAGAAGCCAGAAGGCAGAGCCGCAGAGCCGCAGCCCGCAGAGGCGGGCGGAGCUGCGGGCGGCGUGCGGGGCGCCGGGGCCCGGGGCUGCGGGCGGCCGGGGGCGCCGGGGCUGCGGCCUGCGGGCGGCGUGCGGGGCGCCGGGGCUGCGGGUGGCGUCCGGGCGGCGUGCGGGGCGCCGGGGCUGCGGGCGGCGGCCGACGGGCGGGGCUGCAGGCGGCGGCGGGGUGGGGAGCAGACAGCAGAGCACGGUGCCUGGUGGGGAGCAGUCGAGCAAACUAGGGUUAGAUUUUUUUUUUCUAAUUGGGCUGGGCCGGCCGAGGUAUUGCCCGGGCAAUACCGGGCCCUCCGCCACUGUUUACCAUCUCAAGGCCUUGGCGAAAAGCACACACUGAAACAUCUCCACCUCACUUGCACAAGCAUUAACUCCUAUCUGCAUGUUCAUUUCUAGAAUUUCUGUUGCUAGUUGAUCUGAUUGUUUAUUGUUUAGAGUGUCCUUUCUAAUCUGAGUUUGGAAUAUAAUGCAGGAAAUGCCACCACUGGAUCUAACUGAAAUCCUACAGAAGCUUCAUCAUAUUUUCUCUUCUGGUAAGCCUGUCAAAAAUUGCAGAUGGGCUUUUAACUGAAAUCUACUUCUGGAAAAGGCUGUUGGGAACACCAACUAUGGAGCAGUGGCUUGGAGUCAGUGAUUUAAGGGAUUGGCAUGAGUUCUCACUGUGCAAGCCCGAGAGUUUGGUCCGUGCUGUUCAACACUUGAACCUGAAGGCGUUGUCCUACUAUCACAUGAUCAUGGCCAUAUCGUUGUAUCUUUACAUAAUGUAGCAUUACAUUAGCAUGGUAUCUUGACACUAUUGAUGACAUGAGCAUGACCCUUCUUCUGUGUGUGUAGAACUGCAGAUCUUUGAUAAGAUUGUACCAAUUUGAGGAUUUUGGUAGGCUAUUUCACAAUUGUAAGGCUGGUGUCAGGUUUUGUUCCCGAGAAAAUGUUAGUUCUUGUUUUGGAACAAGCACAGCUUCUGGUUCCAACCACAUUCGGAGGUUUUCUGUGUUUCCUAACACAGGUCCCCCAGAAACAUGCGUUAUGAUGGGCAGGCAUGGUCAGAUUGUUUAUCCUGGGAAAAGAUGGAUAGAUCUGGAUGAAUUUUUGGAUAGUAAACCCAUACUUGAGGAUGUGCCUGUGAACAGGUUGUUUGGAAGACCUGAUGAUUGUCAACCGUACAUGAGUAAUGAUGCAAGUUAUCGCCUCAUAAAGUUAGGGCUUUACCUUCCAUAUUUCCGUAACAUUCUUGGAAAAUCAUGCUCUGGUGCCUUUAGCAAAGGUAAUGUGGGGGUGAUUGCCGACCUUGGGAUGUUCGCGUACAGGAAUCUAGAAGAAGAAGCUGAUCACAAGUGGAAGUCAAACUCUGCGGUGGGCUACAAUGAGUUCAGUAUCUUCAUGAGAGGCAUUAUUUCUGAGCGUCACCCCUCUUCGCAUAAUAUGCUGCCCAAGGGAUUGGAUGCUUUCUUUUCCCUUUUGGAUGGAAAUGAGGUGAAGCCAGAAUUUGCUUUGGAUUAUCCUUGUCUUCUGUCCGAUGAAAAGUAUGGCAGUAUGCUAAUUCAGGUGUCUAGGCUUCUGAGAAAUGAGUUCCGUGUAUUUGGUAAAUCCGCGAAACCGAUAGCUAUUCUCAGGCAAAUUCCCCUUUCGGAGCCAGACUGUGUUGCUGUGUGCCAGAAGCACCCAGUUCUAAAUGAGUACCUGCCUAGCUCGUUGAAGAAUGUGCAGUUUCAUCUUGAUGAUCUGGCAGAUAAUGUAACUUGUGGUCCUGAAACUGUGAGGCCUCGUGGCCCCGGCUCCAUCUUUGGUCUUGUCUCUUCAUCAAUCAAAACUGGUACUGGUGGCCCUGGGAUGGCCAUAUCUCCGCCAAUGCCAGUCCCUGUUGGUUCUGAUCUGCCCUUGGCAGUUGGAAUCAUAUUGGUUGAUGUUAAUAGACACGGCUCAAUACAUUCAGUCGAGUCCAAGUUGCUUCCACUGAUUGACUUUUUGCCAGGUUCAUGUGCCAGUAACCUUCGCCAUGCUCCGUACACAAGAAAGGAGGUCAUACAGCUUCUCCGUUACAAUUUUCCUCUGUACCUGCCUGUAGCAUUCGAGGCAUUCUGGGUCAAAGGGGAGUGGGACACGCUUGGUGCUAGACUUGCUGAUCCUAUUCCAUCGAUAUACUCUGCUCCAGGGUGCUGCUAGGAAUAGCACAAGUUGACCUUCUAGUACAUCCUUUUCUGCUUGUAGCAUUUCCAGUUGUCCUAACGAUGAAGUUCACAAGAAAGGGGUGAUUCAGCUUAUGUGUUUGAUUUCUUAACUGAGCAUGUGCUGUCCUGGACUACGAUUGAUCUCAGGGGUCUUAUUCCUAAAUAUUUUUGUUCAGUCACCAAGGAGACAAUGUUCAGUAAUAUGAUAUACUGUGCCUGUUACUAAAUGGUGCUGCUGAGUUUUUGGUCAGCUUUGUAGGGCGGGCCUGGUGCAGCGGUAGAGCCUACCAUCUGUAACCGGAAGAUCCCGGGUUCGAGCCCCGGCCUCUGCACAUUUGUGCGGGCAAGGCUUGGCGCUAAAGAUAACCCUUCCCCAGACCCCGCGCAGACGUGUCUGUUAAAGUGCCGUGUCUCAGCUAUUGUUUCUGCUUGUGUUUAUGAUUCCCCUUGUUUGCUCAACAUUGUUAGUAGUAGCAGACUAGCAGUGUUGCGUGCAUCAACUGGUAAGCAACAACCUUCUGCAAGUUAUUGGAGAUUUGCAGCUGAUCAUAAUUCAAAGCUUAUUUUUCUUGAA